AUGGAUGAUGAAUUAGAAGACAAAAUAAUUUACCAGACAUAUUUAUCCCACAUGAAGCUGAUGUCAAAAAUUGCUGUUGGAGGGCUAUUACCUGCUGGGAUUAAUGCACCGUUGGUUUAUUUUUGGAAACUGAUGCGUUAUUAUGCUCUCAGACCCGAAAUUGUCUUGUGUGGCGCAAUUAUAUUCAUUAUUAUUUAUUACCUUCAAGCGGUUGAUACUUGGAGUCGGAGUUUAAUUAACAAGUUUCAUUAUACCGUCUACAAAAAUAAUUCUAAGGUAUCCAAGCUUCAGUAUCUGGUGAAUCAUGCCAAUGCUGGUGAUAAAAUCAGCUGGGAACUCGAGCAGAACAAUGUCGCAGUUUACGCAGUUCAAGGUCACAGAGAUCAUAUGGAGGACCGGUUUAUAGUUAAUAGUGAUAUUAACAGGACUGGAGUGUCAGUUUUUGCUGUUUUUGAUGGGCAUGGCGGUGAGCGCUUCUCACACAGACGAUUGCAUGGAGAACAAGACAAUAACAGACCCGGAGCUGCUGGGCAAGUUGGAGAGCUUACCGCGUGCAAUAACCCGCGAAGUUAA